AUGUGCCCAGCCGUCGCCUCUCCCUCUUAUCCCGUCGCACCUCCCUCCUACCCCGCCGUCGCCAUUCCCUCCCAUCCCGCCGCCACCUCACACCCCGUCGUCGCCUCUCACUCCCACCUCCCCGUCGCCUCUCCUUCCCUCCCCGCCGUCGCCUCUCCUUCCCUCCCCGCCGUCGCCUCUCCUUCCCUCCCCGCCGUCGCCUCUCCUUCCCUCCCCGCCGUCGCCUCUCCUUCCCUCCCCGCCGUCGCCUCUCCUUCCCUUCCCGUCGUCGCCUCUCCAUCCCUCCCCGCCGUCGCCUCUCCUUCCCUCCCCGCCGUCGCCUCUGCUUCCCUCCCCGCCGUCGCCUCUGCUUCCCCCCCCGCCGUCGCCUCUGCUUCCCUCCCCGCCGUCGCCUCUGCUUCCCUCCCCGCCGUCGCCUCUCCUUCCCUCCCCGCCGUCGCCUCUCCUUCCCUCCCCGCCGUCUCCUCUGCUUCCCUCCCCGCCGUCGCCUCUGCUUCCCUCCCCGCCGUCGCCUCUCCUUCCCUCCCCGCCGUCGCCUCUCCUUCCCUCCCCGCCGUCGCCUCUGCUUCCCUCCCCGCCAUAGCCUCUCCUUCCCUCCCCGCCGUCGCCUCCAGCGACAAGUGCACGAGCGCAAGCGCGAGUUGGUGCGCGAGCGCAAGUCGGUGCGCGAGCGCGGGUUGGUGCGCCAGCGCGGAUUGUUUUCUGAGGCACCGUGAUUAUCAGGUGCGUUCCCGGUCCUUUCAUCCUCUCUCCCCCCUCUGA